CUGUUGACCCCCUUGUUGUAACCACUUGGUACAGGCCACAAUGCCGUAGCCCACUUUCACUCUCCCCCCGUCCCUAAGCUGCACAGCUCUCUACAACCCUCUCAGCCUGUCUGACAGAGAGAGCAAGAAAGCGUGUGUAUGUGUGUGUGUAUUUGUGUGUGUGAGAGACACAGAGAGGCAGCCGAGAUGAGUGUGAAGCAGUGAGAGGGAAAACCUAGAAAGAAACAGUGAAGGCGAUCAGAAAGGGGGGAGGGAGACAGUGAAGACAGCCAAAAGGCAGACCACAGAAGAAGAAAGAGAGACAAGGGGACGGAGAAGAAAGUGUAAUGUGGAUGUACUAUGUCUGGUAGUCCUGGGACCAAAGUCAAGAGAUGCAAUGACUAGAUGACCAGCCACUUCACACAUCAGCAUCCUGUCCUGGAGCCCUGACAGGAGGGGAGAAACACACACACACACACACACACACACACACACACACACACACACACACACACACACACACACACACACACACACACACACACACACACACACACACGCAAAGGCAAGUCAAUCUCUGCAAGCACUCCAGAUCCACUGGACCAUGUCUUCUACCGGGUCAACCAUCCACAACAAGCGUCUGGCAUCGGAGACCGACAACUCUCAGCGGGUGUUGGACAACGAUUCUGCUCAGAACUUGAAGCGAAAAGAGAGACAGCACUUUUUUGAAGACGUAUACCAGCAUGACGUGGACAACAACUUGCCCUCUGCUCACCUGCAGGUCAGCUUUAGGAAACCCCCUAUGGGAAGUAUCUCUUCUAUGGAGGUUAAUGUGGACGUCUUGGAGCAGAUGGACCUGAUGGACAUCUCUGAUCAGGAGGCCCUGGACGUGUUUCUAAACUCAGGAGCAGACGAGGGAGCGCUGGCAUCUCCACUACCAGACUUGGAGGAUGAAGAAGAAGAAGAUGAGGAGGAUGACGAUGCAGAGGUUGUGUACAGGGAGCGAGCACCUUUGAAGCAACAAGAUGAAGUUCAGCGCGGAUCAAAGUUUCGCAUGUCCUCUACAUCAUCUGGUUCGAGUGACACCAGCGGGGGUGGAGCCGACACACCUGUGAUCCAGUCGGACGACGAAGAAGUCCAUGCCGACACUCUGCUACUAACCUCUGUUCCCCACACGAGGGAUGAAGAAACAGAGGAGGAAGACGAGGAGGAAAAAUGCCUUGCCACUAAAUCUCCAUAAAGACUGAGUUUUACUCUCUGUAGAGAUACUUGAGUUCAAACAUUUUUUAAAUGCCAUCCUUAUUUGUGGGGAGAACCCUGGCAUGGUUGUCCUCGCUCUUAUUUGCAUUUACAUUUUCUUGAAUCUUUCCCUGAUUAUAUUGGAUUUUCUUUACAACUUAAAAUCAAUUUUCCUAGUAAGUGUUAAACACUGUAUUUAAUUCAACCUGGUCUCACCAGAAUGCGUGACUCCACCACGACUCCUUAACACCGGUGCGUGGUGGAGUCACGCAUUCUGGUGAGACCAGGUUGAUUUCAUUACUGUAAUGUUUAAACUGUUGAAGUAAUGAUCUUUCAAGUUUCCUGUUUGCGUGUGUGUACUUUGAGUGAGUCACUGUGAGUCAUCCCUCUUCUAUAUUAUGACAUAUUCUGGCUGGGAUUCUACAUUGAGAGCAUACCUCUCAAAGGAGUUCCCAACCUUACAGUGAGAAUUAAAAACAUGAAAGACUUUAACCCGAAAGGUCUUUGGCUGCAUGCCUUGAAGAGAUUCUGAUUGGAAGGAGAAACAAUGGCAGUUUACAGUGAAUAUCAAACUCUGUUUAAUAUGAUCAAAAUGAAUCAUGUCAGCAACAGUGAACGUAACCCCCCCCAAAACUUGAAUUUCGUUUUUGUGUGUGUGUGUGUGUGUGUG